UUCUGCGAGACGCUAUAACGUUUGACGUCAACAGAUGGCGCUGCCACGCCCACUGUGGUAGAUUUGCUUCGCAGGUAUUCCUUUGGAAUCUUUUGUAACAUGGCCGAUGUGUCGCUGGAUGAGUUAAUCAGGAAACGGGCGCUAACAACGGGAACAGGAAUGUACAGCAGGCUCAACAAUCGUGGAUCCACAGGAGGUAUUCGUUCCAGACUUCAGACACAAACCCAAAGUCGCCCAGUUGUUACUGGUUUUCAAAGGACAUUUGAUGCCAGACAAAAAAUUGGUGUAACAGAUGCACGGCUUAAGUUAGGAGUGAAGGAUGCCCGAGAGAAACUAGCAGCUAAAGAUGCUCGUUUCCGGAUCAAGGGUAAAGUUCAAGAUGCCCGUGAGAUGCUGAAUUCAAGAAAACAUGUAUCCUCUGUGGACAGUGUGCCUAAGGUGAUGGAUGCACGCGAGAAGCUUCGCCUGAAAAGGAGCGCACCAGCAAUGCGUUUAAGCUCUGCUAUUUCAUCAGGGUCUUCAACCAUAAAGUUGACCAAGACUAUUCAGAUUCCCCAGAACAAGACCCUUCCUUCUGGUGUAACUCACUCUGUUAAAGGGAUGCGAAUAAAUGUAGUCAAUCACCAACCUCUGAAACAGGCAAUAUCUCAGCUUGACCAGGAAGAAGAAGAAGAUGAUGAUGAUGAAGAGAUGGAGCUUUCUCAUGUUCCUACCAAACAGAUGAAAAUUACAGCCCCAAAUCCCAACCUGAAAAAGCCUGGAAUGUCCAGAAGUCAAUUCUCCAUUGCUCAGACAGUCCCUCUCACAAAGGUGGUUCAAAACGAUACAUACACAUUACCUGUUAACCCACAGCCGGUCCCAAAAGCACCCGCAAUACGCACAAAAACCUUGACUAAUAUGUCACGGACGUUGGUAACGAAGGAGGACACCUCAGCUGUGCCAGCAGUGUCAACAGAGCCGGUCUUCAGUCCUCUAGAAGGAACUAAAAUGACGGUCAAUAAUUUGCACCCCAGGGUCACAGAAGAAGAUAUUGUUGAGCUUUUCUGUGUCUGCGGUGCCCUGAAACGUGCCCGUUUACUUAGUCCUGGUAUAGCAGAAGUAGUGUUUGUAAGAAAGGAUGAUGCAGUUGGGGCCUACAAAAAAUACAACAACAGAUACUUGGAUGGGCAGCCCAUGAAGUGCAACCUACAUUUGAAUGGCAAUGUUAUCACAUCAGACCAACCCAUACUUUUGAGGUUGAGCGACACUCCGGCCACAAUACGGAAAGAAGGGGAUGCACGAAGAUCCAACACUUCAUCCUCCAGUGUUCCCAACCCGCCAGCAGAAGUUGAUCCAGACACCAUUCUGAAAGCCCUAUUUAAAUCUUCAGGGUCUUCAGCAAUUGUUCAACCAACUGCAUUCAAGAUCAAGCUCUGAUUUGGCUAGUAGGACCUGGGAUGAGUGGAAAUGUUGAGCAAUCUCCCACUUUGACCAUAUUCUCAAUAAAUCAAGAGACACUAAGACAUGAGGACGUAUUUUUCCCUCUCCUUCCUGAAAUUUUGUUUAGAACUGCUUUUCUGCAGAUUAGUUUACUGGACGAAACAUGGCAGAUGUUGUAUGGGACAAACAAGUUCAUUAUCUACAUAAGCAUCCAUUUGUCCUUGUUAACUGCAUAAUGUUUUCAGGCUUUGUUUGUUGAACUGUUUCACAGCACAAUAUUUUUAUGCUUCCUUCCAGGGAAAAGUAAAUGUAUGCUCAAUCUUA